AUGAUUCGAGGGCUCUUUACUGAGCCUCAAUCGCACUGCUUUGCACUCCACGAGGGUAAUUCGGAUAUAUAUUGCUUUACAGUUCCCUUGGGCUCCAUUCCAGAACUACCAGCGCAGUCAUGUCAGGAAAUAAAAUUGAGUGAGGGUAAAGACACCGUCAGUAACAUGUACUGGCUGGAUGAAAGUGGCAAAGGAAACGCUGUAUUGGAUUAUUGUGACAUGACCAUCUCAGGUUAAACACUAAAGAAACUGAAUAAAGUGAUUUUUAGUCUAGAGGCACUCUUUUUUAACUCCUUGCAUGCGCUUGGUCAUUCCUUAUUUUCCAAGUUCGUCUUUAAUUCUUUCAUUCCAGGCCGAAUUCCUCUUUCCUGUAAGGAGAUAUGGAAGAACAAAAGGUACGGCUUUUUUAUUAACCCACCGCGAUCAGGAAAUUUGUCAGUCUGAAAAGUCAGCGGUCUUCUUGCACAAAACCCACUAAAGGACGCCUGACACUUCAUAAUCUGGGUCAAAAAUUUGACAAAAUCCUUUUAAUGCAACUUCAGCUUAAGACUCACUUCCAUCCAUUCCUUUUACUUCAGAAUCCGUCUUGACGGUCCUUACCGCAUCCGGGUAAACUCGCCUGCCAAGAUAGCAUCCGUAUUUUGUCACAUGACUCCCAUUCCCGGAUGUGGGGAUGGCGGAUGGACGCUUGUCAUGAAAAUUGAUGGACACAAGGUAUUUUGGGGUUAACUUUUGCGCAGUUGAUAUCUGAGAUUUUUUUAGGUAUGGAUGAAUCCGUGAGUGCUAGAUCUAAGGACCUGGUGUUCAAGAUUUUAACGUUCACUGCAGUGCAUUUUAAGCGAACAAAGGUAUAUCAUCAAUAUUACUCUUAACAACCAAAAGAAAAUGAUGCAACGCCCUGAUUUUCCCUCUCUGUCCCAGUUUUCCCUUUUGUAACAACUUUACUAUGUUUUGUUGUGUGUCUGUUUGGAUAUAGAUCAUAGAUGACGUCAAGAUGUGCGAAGAAUAAAAACGCGGAAUAUUAGCUGCGGGCGCGCGGGUUUAUCAAUGUUUUGUUACCAAAUUUUGGUGUCUUAUGUGAUUUUCAACCAGAGGACGUUGGGAAAAUAUAAUCUAUUCGUCUCAAACAAUGAAUAGGAAGAUAAAAAGAAGAAAAGCUACGAACGAACCAGUUAAGAGUUGGUAUCUGUUUCUUGUUCGGGAAUAGCUCCUGGUUAUUUUUUCUUAAGCCUUUACCUGUUGAAAAAAUCUACCAAACAAUUAUUAAAUUGUGCGCCAUGUUGGAGAGACAAGGAAAAAAAAACAAUUUGCAAAUGACUUCAGCUGCCAAUGAUGUGUUUAACGACAUUUAUUUGUGAGAUGUGAUAGGAAUAACUAAAUGUUGCAAUUGAAUUAGAAUCAAAAUAAUAUAUUUAAUCGCAGUGGUCAUUUUCGAUAUUCAAUAAAUAUGUGAUCAUAAGAACGUGUUUAAUCAUAGCGGAGCUCGCAGAGCGUAGCCCCAUAAUUAUACAAAAUAGUAGUAACCCAUCAAGCCGAAAAUAUUUGGAUGUACGAUCAUACGACCGUACGACUGUACAAGGCGCUACUUUUAACAUGCGUGGUCAACUGUACCGCGGGCAAGCCAACGCCACGGCUUUGUCCAGUAGUCCAAUGGUCAGUGCACUGGGCUCCGAGUCGGACGACCCGGGUUCUAUUCCUGGCCGGGGCAAGGCGUUGUGCCCUUGAGACGUGCGUGAAAAAAAAAAAACGAGCUACGCUUUUAGUCUUGGCUAAAUCGUUAUAUCAUUCUUCAUCGACAGCAAACCUUUACGUACUAUGCGGAAUAUUGGAAUAACACUGUUGCUUACAACGAGUCUGCUGGAACAAGCCUUAAUGAAGACGAAACUAAACUGAGCAGCUUUUGGUCGACACCUUUCACUCGACUGUGCCUAGGCAUGAAACACCCUGACAACGGCGUAACAAACUGGAUUGUCUUGAACUACCCUGCCUCAUCUCUGAGGGACGUGAUAGGCGACGGAACAUUCCGACCAACAAAUCUGAGUGCAACAGAAUGGAAAAAGCUACUGAAUAACUCAGAAAUUGAGGUGAAAAGCCUUUAUGUCAAAUUCCCUAUGCUAUAAGCCAGUAACACAAAAUUUAAUUAAGAGUAAUCCCGCCCCUCUGGUCCUUGGGAAAAAAAAAGAAUCAUUUAUAAACAAGAGACGUUCUUCUGAUGGGCGACAAGUCAGUGGUAGAGGUGUACAUGAUAAAAGGAUUUGUUCUUGCAUUUACCAUCUGAAAUCAGGAGAAUCUAUUACUGACUUACAUCUUUAAUUGUCGACAAAACUGUUGACACAUUAACCUUUGCAACCCCCUAUCACUUCAAUUUUAUCUCGUUUGCCCUUGUUAAGUCAACUCAUUCUCGCUUAAAGAUUGUUGUAACGUGAUUCCACGAACCUUUCGCUACAUACAGGAAACAUUGAACGAGGAAGGGGGGGGGGUCUUAUAAGUGAUUUAAAGUGUGGUCGAAACAGGAGAAACAGGAGUGUUAUUCUGCACAUAAAUAGAAACCUUCAACUUAUUUCGAUCCUCAUUGUGGGUUUAAUGUAAUUAGCAUGGAUUUACUUGAACAGCCUAUCACGUACAUAUGAUAACAGCAGCGUUGCUAAUACUCCUCGGUGCUCCAAAUCAGUAUGCGUAAAUAGAACACGGACUUAGUUGAUUAUGUCACUUAUUUGUGUGGUAUUCAGUAUUAUUACUUUACGUUCCGCAAUGUUAUGUAACUUAGCCGUAUAUAUUUGGUUGUUCAGGUCAUAUGUAGUGUGUGUACAUGUAUUUAACGAUCAAAGGUUUGUUUACAUCGUUCUUUUCUGAAAUAACAGUACAUCUGAUGUUUUUCCUCGCUAGGACGGUUGCCAGAUGCAGGGUUUCAAUAGCAUUGCCGAGUAUCAUGACUUCAGUGUCGGUGCUAAGACUCGUAUUGGAAUUAUUGGCUCUCCAGAUUACUGUCAUCAAACUACGCAGAGCAGAAUUGGGUUUGGUUCCGCUGGAAUGUUUUACAACAUGGACGGUUCGAAUUCGUGUGGAAACGAGUUACGCAACUCACUAUCGAUUAAGGCAUUUGGCUACAUAUUUGUUCACUAA